UUCUUACUUUCCGUAGUGAGGGAAUCCAUGAACGCACGCUCCGGUAAAACGAAACACGGUUUCAGUCCCUCGACAUACUUUUCAGGCGAUUGCUAGCUAUCAAGCUCCAUGAAUUUGUCCCUUAAUUGCUUCUCAGAUAACUUCAACAUAUACCUAGACAUCUAUAAGCAGCAUGGACAGUGAGUGCCUGGUGUUGUUGCCUCGGGUGUGUGCUGUACUAGCGGACCCCAGACAGUCCCUACCAGAUGACACCAGCUUCGAGAAACUGCUGGACUGGUUCACUGGUCUCACCAAGGAGGACCAUGGCCUGGCCCUGUUGGAGUCCUGCCCCUGUCUGGUGGACUACAUAUCCACUGUGUGUCUGGAUAAAACUACAGAUCCCAGCAUGCUUUCCUUCAGCCUCAAGCUUUCUGGCCUGCUGGCGGCCAGCCAACACGGCUUCAACCUGCUGCAGGAUCGAUCCAUCCUGGGCGUGGCCUACGACAGCGCGCGCUGGCAGGUGGCUGGACUAUGGGAGGAUCCGAGCGUGCGGAUUGGCUGGAUCCAUGGCCUGAGUAGCAUGAUGCGCCACACACAGGCCUUCCACUUCCUGGAUCGGGCUG